AUGGCGCUCAGCGAUGCAGAUGUUCAAAAGCAGAUCAAGCACAUGAUGGCCUUCAUCGAACAAGAGGCUAAUGAAAAAGCCGAAGAAAUCGAUGCUAAGGCCGAGGAGGAGUUCAACAUUGAGAAAGGUCGUCUUGUCCAACAGCAGCGCCUCAAGAUCAUGGAAUAUUAUGAAAAGAAGGAAAAACAAGUUGAACUCCAAAAAAAGAUUCAAUCAUCGAACAUGCUGAACCAAGCUCGUCUGAAGGUACUGAAAGUACGUGAAGACCAUGUACGUAACCUUUUAGAUGAGGCAAGAAAGCGCCUGGCUGAGGUGCCCAAGGACACCAAAAUGUAUGGAGAUCUUCUGACCACACUCAUUGUACAGGCACUUUUCCAGCUUAUGGAGCCUGCAGUGACUAUUCGUGUACGUCAAGAAGAUAGAUGUUUAGUGGAGUCAGUGCUAAGCAAAGCUCAAGCAGAUUACAAAGAGAAGAUAAAGAAGGACACUGUCCUGAAGAUUGAUGCUGACAACUUCCUUUCUCCUGACACAUGUGGUGGAAUUGAACUUGUUGCUGCCAGAGGACGCAUUAAGAUCUCCAACACCCUGGAGUCCCGGCUGGAAUUAAUAGCCGCUCAGCUGUUGCCGGAAAUUCGCACAGCUCUGUUCGGGCGCAACCCUAACCGUAAAUUCACCGACUAG